GGGUCUCUCGUCCCCGCGGAAGGAACAAGGAGCCAUUCGCGCAGAUCCUCAGGAAAAACGUCGCUAGGGCUCCAAAAAAUUCCAAGUGUUCUGCGGCCCCGAAUGGCGUCACCUGAUUGGCCGAGAGCCUAUCAAUCAUGCCGUUAGCCGCACCCCUCCCCCCAUUCAACCACUCGCCUCUCUGUUCCAGUGUGUUUACUACACUGCCGAGCAUAAGGGAGACGCUCGUCUUCACAUGCACUGAAAACUCGCUGAGAAAAACAGUUUUUAGUUAUAUUGGUGAGAAAACCUCCGCGAGCUCAACAUGCCCAAGAGAAAGACAGCGAUAAAAGAUGGAGGCGAUCGGGAGGAGCCCAAGAGGAGAUCAGCUCGGUUAUCAUCGAAACCGAGCCCGACCAAGCUGGAACCAAAGGCCAAGAAGGCGCCGCCAGCAAAGAAAGAAAAGGCCGUGACCGACAAGAAGGAGGACAAGAAGACCAAGAAGGCGAAGGAGAACGCAGAGGCCGAGGCCAACGAGGAAAACCACUCUGAGAACGGAGACGCCAAGACCAACGAGGAGGAGGCCGCCCCCGAGGAGGCCAAGGAGGAGGCCAAGUCCGAGUAGCACCGCUUGCCCCCCGAGCUUCCUCCUCUACAAUCCCCCCACCCCCUCUAGCCCCCUCCUGAACCCCCAGCCAACCAGCCAGCCCCCCCCCCCCCUCUCACAUGGUUCCCCUCCAAGGCGUAUUGUUAACAGAGGAAUAUUUUUAUCAAUGAUUUUAUAAGUAUCCGUACAGAUUUUUAGCACAAAAAGCAAAGCUGAUUAUGCAGCGGUCAUAUCAAGUGUCUGCAAGCAAGAUGAACACACUAAAAUCUUUUUUAAAUGGCAUUUCAUGAUUGUUGAAGGCUUGUUUUUGGUGUAGAAAGGUGCGUCUCCCCCCAACCCCCCUCCGCCCGCCCGCCGGAUUGGUUAUGUCGUGAGUUGUGUACUCCUGUGUUUUUUCCCCUCCUCUCUUCCUCUGCCUCCUCUUCCUCCACAGAUUAGACCUCCCCAUCCCCCUCCUACAGUUCAGCCUUUAUCCAUGUUAUAUUAACGGUUCAGCCAUGUUAAUGUGGGUGAUUCUUUUAGACCUCUAAAUGUGCAGUGAGUUCCCCCCCUUUUUAUGCUUCUGUCUCUUUUUUUUCUUCUUUCUUUUCAUUGAACUUGUGUUUAAAAAAAAAAAAAGCGAUUGUAAAAAAAAAAAAAAAAAAAGCGUCUUGUCCAUAAGAAAGAGGAAGACGAACAUGUGAAACAUUCCGGGAACAGCGAUGGCCUCCGACCCCGUCUCCGGGACGACCCUGCGUGUGCAAACAGCAUCCCGCGAACAUCCUGCGCUGUCAACGUCAGCUUUUCUAAAAAAACAACAACAACAACACCGUUUUUUUUUUUUUAACAAAUCGAAUUUGGAGAAGAAAAAAACCGCUCUGACAAAAUUUGCAGGUGUCUUAGUCCCCUCUCUUAUGUUCUGAAAUUCUCUUUAAUAAAAACAAGUCCUGGGAAUUUUCCUCGAUA